AUGAACGCUGUGUACGACCCCCAUAAAGUCGAAGCCGACGCACAACAAUUCUGGCACGACAACGCGUCUUUCCGUGCCACUGAAUCCGCCGAUGGCGAAAAGUUCUACUGUCUGGCGAUGUUUCCUUAUCCCAGCGGUCGCCUGCAUAUGGGGCAUGUGCGCUGUUACACCCUGGGUGACGUCAUCAAUCGCUAUCACCGCCUUAAAGGCUUCAAUGUGAUGCAACCCAUGGGUUGGGACGCCUUUGGCCUCCCGGCUGAGAAUGCGGCGAUCAAAAACGAUAUUCCCCCUGCGGUCUGGACCAAGGACAACAUUGCUUACAUGCGCGGCCAGAUGCAGCGGCUGGGUUUCGGUAUCGAUUGGUCGAGGGAAUUUGCCACCUGUGAUCCAGAGUAUUAUCACUGGGAGCAGUGGCUGUUUGUGCGCCUGUAUGAAAAGGGCCUGGUGUACAGAAAGAAUUCAGUGGUCAACUGGGAUCCGGUUGAUCAGACCGUGCUGGCAAAUGAACAGGUUGUUGAUGGCCGCGGAUGGCGAUCGGGCGCUGUGGUAGAGCGGCGUGAAAUGGCCCAGUGGUUCCUGAAAAUUACAGCCUAUGCCGAAGAGCUCUUGACCGAGCUUGAUGAGAUGGAUGGCUGGCCGGAAUCUGUAAAAAGCAUGCAGCGUAACUGGAUUGGUCAGAGCCAGGGCGUGGAGAUCGACUUCGAAGUGCAGGGUGCAGGCGAAACCUUAACGGUUUUUACGACCCGACCAGACACAUUGCUGGGUGCCACCUAUGUUGCCGUGGCGGCAGAACAUCCGCUGGCGCAAACUGCUGCUGCGCAGGACCCUGGUGUUGCCGACUUUGUCGCCCAGUGUAAACAGGCCACAACUGCAGAAGCGGACAUGGCCACCAUGGAAAAAGCAGGUGUGGCUACCCAUCUCAAAGUUGUGCAUCCGCUGACCGGUGAUCUCCUGCCGGUCUGGGUGGCUAACUUUGUCUUAAUGGAAUACGGCUCGGGUGCGGUGAUGUCGGUGCCUGGCCACGAUCAACGCGACUGGGAAUUUGCCAGAAAAUACGAUAUUCCAAUCGUGCAGGUCAUCGAGCCGACGGGUGAUGAAGCCUGUGAUUUACAGGUAGAAGCCUUCACUGAGCAUGGGCGUCUGGUUAAUUCCGGUGAGUUCGAUGGUUUGCUGUUCGACGCCGCUUUUGAUGCGAUCGCCGAUGCACUGGCAAAGCAGGAGACAGGUCGUCGGGUAACCAAUUAUCGUCUGCGCGACUGGGGCGUUUCGAGACAGCGUUACUGGGGCUGUCCAAUCCCGAUGAUUCACUGUGGUGAUUGCGGUGUUGUACCUGUGCCGGAAGCAGACCUGCCGGUUGUUCUGCCAACAGACGUUAAGUUUGAAGGCGUCAGCUCACCGUUGCAGAAAAUGCAGAGUUUUCUGGAUGUUAAUUGCCCCAAGUGUGGUGCUGCUGCACGACGUGAAACUGAUACGUUUGAUACGUUUAUGGAGUCGUCCUGGUAUUACGCCCGUUUUGCCAGCCCUGAUGCCAACACGCCCAUGGUGGACGAGCGGGUGAACUACUGGGCACCGGUCGAUCAUUACGUGGGUGGCAUUGAACAUGCGAUUCUGCAUCUUUUGUAUGCACGGUUCUUUUAUAAGCUCAUGCGCGAUGAAGGCCUGGUCGACUCCAACGAGCCGUUCAAGCGGCUGUUGAUGUUGGGUAUGGUCCUGCAGAAUGGCAAAAAGAUGUCUAAGUCUGCAGGAGACGCGGGUGAUCCACAGAAGCUGCUGGAUAAGUACGGGGCAGAUACCGUGCGCACGGCAAUGAUGUUUGCUGCACCGCCGGAUCAGUCUUUUGAGUGGAGUGAAGCGGGUCUUGAGGGUGCGGCCAGGUUCAUAAAAAAAUUGUACGCGCUGGUUGAGGAUCAUCAGGCGAGUGGAGUGGUGGCGGCAUUAGAUGUUGCGCAGCUGAGCGAUGCCGCAAAAGACCUGCGGCGCAAAACUUUUGAAACCCUGAUGCGUGCAGACGACGAUUACGGGCGGCGGUUGCAAUUCAACACCGUAGUUUCGUCGGUUAUGGAGUUGUGUAACGCGAUCGGUAAAUUCGAGACGACAAACGCCGCAGAUCGAGCGGUGGUGGAUGAAGCGCUGAAACAUGCUGUGUUGAUCAUUUCUCCUAUCGCCCCUCAUGUGGCGCAUCAUCUCUGGCAUCAGAUGGGUGAGACCGGCGCUCUGGUUGCGGCAAGCUGGCCGUCGGUAGAUGAGCAGGCCCUGACGCAGUCCACGGUAGAAAUUGUGGUGCAGGUUAACGGCAAAGUCAGAGGUAAAAUUGAUGUUGCGGCGGAUGCUGAUAAAGAUGAUGUGCUCAGUCUUGCGAAAAGUGCAGACAAUGUCGCCCGACACCUGGAAGACAAAACCAUCCGUAAAGAAAUUGUUCUGCGCUCGUACAAUUUCAGCGGGGCGGUCGACAGUUACGCGCUGGUUGGCAAAACCCAGCUUGGCGUUGCGCAACCCCUGCGGACGGGGUUGCGGCAGGCGGGUUUGCAGGAAGUAGAAGCUGAUCAGGCGGAGCUCAUUGUCGAGUUGCUUGAUCAACGCCGUGACCGACGUAGCGUGUCUACUGCAGGACGCGCCCGUGCUGCUGAGUAUGAGAGCAGUUACGCUGUGCUGUAUCGGUUGCUCGAUGGGCAAGGCCAGGAACUUGCACCAGCCAACUGGGUCGAACGCCAGCGUGUCUUCCGCGUCGAUUCGGACAAUAUUGUUGGUAGUAGCGAAGAACAGGCUCUGCUGGAGCGAGAGUUGAUGUCUGACGUCGUUGGUCAGAUUAUCCGCGCCAUGGAUGCGGUUAAAGCAGAACAGCUUGCCAAACAGGUCGCCGGUCAACUGGCGCCGAUCUAUCUGAUCUCCGGAGAGGAACAGCUGCUGGUUGAUGAAGCCUGCGACCUGAUUGUUGCAGCUGCGCGCCAAGGCGGAUUUACCGAGCGCUCGGUGCAUCACGUUGAGCAGGGUUUUCGCUGGCAUGAUCUUCACCAUGAUGCUGCAAGCAUGUCGCUGUUUGCGGAGAAAAAAAUCCUUGAUGUACGUGUACCGCCGAAGAAACUCGAUAAAGAGGCCUCGAAAGCGCUGCGGGACUGGGUAGAAGAUUUAGGUAAGACUGCGGAUCUUGACCACAUAUUGUUGAUGAGGACUGGCCGCCUGGAUAAGAACCAGCGUACCAGCGCGUGGUUCAAGGCUCUGGACAAGGUCGGUGUGGUUACAGUCAUCUGGCCGUUAGAGCCUGAUCGUCUGCCCGCCUGGCUCGGGCAGCGUGCGCGUCAACUGAAUUUGCAGAUAGACAAUGAUGCAACCCAAUAUCUUGCUGAUCGUGUUGAGGGGAAUUUACUGGCCGCGGCACAGGAGCUGGAAAAGCUCGCUAUCCUCGAUUUGCCCUCGCCAUUAACCCUUGAAUCAGUGGUUGCCUGUCUUGAAGAUGCAUCACGCUACACCAGUUUUGAUCUGAUGGAUGCAAUGAUGUCUGCGCAGCCGGCUCGCGUGGUCAAGAUUCUAUCGGGGUUGCGUGAGGAGGGUACCGCGCUGUUUGGAAUUCUUGGUGCGUUUACUGCGCAGAUGCGCCGCCUUUCUAAUACCAGAGGUCUGCCUCCCGCCAAAGCACGUCUUGCCCAGCAGUUUCUCGCGCGCAUACGCGACCCUGGAAUGGUGUUGGCGGAGUGUGCAAUCAUCGAUCAGCAGGGCAAAGGGCAGUUGCCCGGCGACGCAUGGAUGUCGUUAGAGAAUCUUAUUCUGCGACUGGCAGGCUUGAAAUCGAUGCCGCUCCCCAGUCAGGACCAGCGGAAGCUGGGCUAG